AAGAAAGAAAGAUUUAAAAAAAAAAAAAAAAUCCUUUCAGAAGAAAAAAAAAAAAGCCUUGUGCUCUCCCUUCCAUAGUAGAUGCUGGAGACAAGUGGAGGCUGGGGGUGGAUGAGCAGCAAGCUCUGAUUUCUGUGGUCAGCCUACUGCAGGGACAAGUGACGUCCAAACGUUUAAUCCCCCCGCUGCGAUGCACAAACACUGAGCGCCCUGUGUGUGUGUGCCAGAAUAAGGAAAAGUCUGCGAACUGUGGACAUGAGGGGUCUCGGCAUCUGCCUGGAAAAUGCAGCACGAUCCAGCGAAGUAUGAUCGUUAGAGGAUAUUGCAACAGAAUGUGCAGUAUAUAAUGAUUUCCUGAUCUGCAGUCUCUCAAGGGGGGCAUUAGGAAAAGAAAAGAAACUUGGAUCUCCAGCGUUAAGUUUGCUUUCUCCUUCGCGGGCUCGGAGAGGCAUCUGCGGCAGCCGGAGAGAUGGAUAGGAGAGACGAAAUUGACAGCGCGGGGUCUGGCAGCACCACGAACAGCAUGAAGAGGAUGCUGAAGUGCGUGGUGGUCGGGGACGGGGCUGUCGGGAAGACUUGCCUAGUGAUGAGUUAUGCCAAUGACGCCUUUCCCGAGCAGUACCUGCCUACCGUGUUCGACCACUAUGCAGUGACGGUGAGCGUUGGAGGGAAGCAGUAUCUCCUGGGACUCUAUGACACUGCAGGACAGGAAGACUAUGACCAGCUUCGGCCCCUCUCAUACCCAAAUACAGAUGUGUUUCUGAUUUGCUUCUCAGUCGUCAAUCCAGCUUCUUACCACAAUGUCCAGGAGGAAUGGGUGUCAGAAGUCAGAACCUACAUGCCACAUGUACCUUAUGUGCUAAUAGGAACACAGAUUGAUCUACGAGAUGACCCAAAAACACUGGCUCGACUUCUCCAUAUGAAAGAAAAACCAAUUACCUACGAACAAGGAAUGAAACUUGCAAAGAUGAUUGGAGCGCAGUGCUACUUGGAGUGCUCAGCCUUGACUCAGAAGGGGCUCAAGAAUGUGUUUGACGAAGCAAUCCUAACAGUCUUCCACCCAAAGAAGAAGAAAAAACGCUGCGGGAAGUGUCGCAACUCUUGCUCAGUUGUCUGAGGUCAUUCCCGGGAAUUGAUUGGUGCUAUUGUACAGUGAUGGGAACAAACCAUUCGGAGAAAAACACUAGAGAGUGGAAAUGUCCACUAUAUGAACAACACAACAUGGAGGCCAUGACCAGUGACUAUUCCUUUCACCUCUGUGGAGCCUUUGAUCUGUGACACCUCCAUGAUGUAAUGCAGACGUUGUCAUUCCUCCAUAUACCUUUCUCUCACUGUGAUCAUUUUAUAGGAAUUGUAUCUUUACACAAUAUGUGCCUUGUUUUCCAAUGGACAUUUUUCACCAGUCACUGGACGGUUUUAGAUUUUAACGCUGCACAAGGAUAUUCAUGCCUUACUUUGAACAAAAAGGACUAGAGAUGUAAGAAUAGUUGGCAACGGAUCGCAUUCCUUACUUUAU